CAGAGCCAGAAAGACACCCGACGACGGAGACAGACAGAGAGAGACUACCGUAGGCCAGGCAACAGGGUCCAGGUCCAUCUUAUUUGUGUAACAGCCACCUGUCAGAGCCAGAAUAGGAGAUAGACUACUGUGGGCCGGCCAUCAGCCAGGUGUGUAUGUAUGAUGGUGCUGCACCGGGUGAUCCAGGCAGCCCGUGCAGGCGAUCUCUCAGCCCUGAGGAAGCUGUCCUCCUCUGGGUGCCUCACGGUCUCAGCCUCCAUCACAGACGCCCAGGGGGCAGGCCCGGUGCACCACGCCGCUCGCUGCGGCCGCCUGGAAUGUCUGCGCUACCUGGUGGUGGAGGUGGGGCUGGCGGCCGACGCCCGGGCCCUGAACAGAGCCACGCCCGCCCACGACGCUGCUGCUACAGGCCACGCCCGGGAACUGCAGUGGCUAGUGUACCAAGGGGGCUGCAAUGUAGAGGACCAGGAUGCAGCCGGGGCGACAGCGCUCCAUCUCGCAGCUCGGUUCGGACGGGGGGAGGUCGUCCAUUGGCUGCUGUUGGUUGGUAGCGUCGCCGAGGAGACGACGGACUGUGGGGCCGUCCCCGCCCAUUACGCUGCUGCCAAGGGAGACCUCACCUGUCUGAAACUACUGGUCCACCAUGCACCUGGGUGUGUGAACCGUCAGACUGGCAUCGGUGCCACCCCUCUGUACCUGGCAUGUCAGGAGGGCCACCUGCACAUCGUGGAGUACCUGGUGAAGGACUGCGGGUCAGACGUCCACCUCAGGGCCCAUGAUGGCAUGACCGGCCUGCACGCUGCUGCACACAUGGGGCACCAUGCCCUGGUCAUCUGGCUGGCCACCUUCACAGACCUUAGCCUGCAGUGCCAGGACAGGGAGGGAGCGACUGCUCUUCACUUUGCGGCCAGUGGAGGGCACCAUCGCAUCCUGGAGAGGCUGCUCCGCAUGGGGGCAAAGGUCAUCAGAGACGACUGGGGGGGAACCCCUCUUCAUGAUGCUGCUGAGAAUGGAGAGCUGGAGUGCUGCAGGAUCCUGUUAGCCAAUCAGGUGAGCCCAUCGGAGCAGGACAUAGAUGGGUUCACAGCAGCAGACCUUGCGGAGUACAACGGACACUACGACUGUGCCGGCUACCUCCGAGCCGUAGAGACAUGCGUAAGACCCAAAACCUCCGGCUACCUCCGAGCCGUGGAGACACGCGUAAGACCCAAAACCUCCGGCUACCUCCGAGCCGUGGAGACACGCAUGAGACCCAAAACCUCCGGCUACCUCCGAGCCGUGGAGACACGCAUGAGACCCAAACCCUUUCACUUUACAUCGUCUUUUCUUAGUUCAGAUAUUAUAUAUUCUAGUUUGGUGGCCCUCUGUAACGGUCUAAUGUUCCCAAGCAUCUUUUUGCAUUAUAAUCCAAGUCAGACCAAACUUCCCUUCUCAGCAGACCAGCCAAUAGAAGAACUAGGUCCGGUAGAGGAGGAUGUGAGGGGGAGACAGGCUGUGGCGUGGCAGCCCAGUAAAGAGGACUACUACCGUCGCCUUAGCGACCCCGGCCGGGACUACUUCCACAAUAACAACAAAACAAAUAUGGAGAGCUUAAAGAGUAAAAUAGUGGUGAGACAUACAUUUUCGGCAGACGGAAUCAGUCAGAACAAACCUUCUGAAGAAGUGAUUACUGUUGAUCUGACCAAUAACGUGACACUUGGUGUCAAAAAGCCCCUCACUGAUAUGAAGUCUUCAGCUGACGCAGCACACGCCGGUAAGAAACUGGUAAAGGCUGAGGUAAAAACUGUUGAUCUGGCGAAGGCUUCUGACAAGAAUCUCCUGGCUGGCAAAAACCUGCUCGGUGACAAAAAGUUCCUCGACAACAUGAAAUCCAUCACAUCUCUGAAACAGACAGAAAUAUCCACAGUAGCUGUAGCACAAGCAAACAGGAUGGUAGUUCUGCCCACGGAAGAGGCCAACCUAUCAGACAUUGACUAUCUGGUUCCCACCCAUGACGAGCGGGGUCGGCCAAUCGCUGAGUGGAAGAGACAGGUCAUGGUGCGUCAGCUACAGGCCAGGCUAUUGGACGAGGAGGACCAGAGGAGGAAGGAGAAUGGGAACAGCACUUCCAAAGCGGUGAACUGGAGGUACUCACAGGCCCACAACGCUAUCCUGGGCCCGUUUGGAGAGCUGCUGACAGAGGACGACCUGAUUUACCUGGAGAAGCAGAUCCAGAGCGUGUCCAACCAGAAAAACUGUGAAGGCUAUGAGACAGAGCUAGCUCGCCUGGCUGAGGAGCUCAGGACCAUCCUGCCAGCUCCCAUCGUCAACAUCACAGCCAGCACUCAGUUCAGAAACCCCAACCAGGAGUCUCAGGUCCCUCUGCCCGUGUGGUGCAACCGCAUCUCAGGCAUCGUAAAGAGCAUGUCACUGCUGAUGGCCAACCUGGCAGACGGGCCGUACUCUAAGAUGCCCAACACAGAGCUAUCCACUGUGUUCUCCCAGAGCCCAGACAGACCCACCUCUACCCGAGGGCGCAGGGAGAAGAUAGAGUCCGAGAUCCAACAGUUUGGGGUGUCCGUCCGGAAUCUGAAGUCCAACUUUGAAGGUCAUGAACAAGAAACAGAAGAAGAGGUCCACACGAUGUCAGCCACACAGGAGGAAGGCCUGGGGUCAGAGGUCAGAGGAACACAGGAACAGCCCAAAGAGAUGAACCCAGCCCCCGAAGCUGACAGGAACAGUGACUCAGGCAUAGCCUGCGAUGACGACAUGACCGACGUUAGGGAAACCACCAGUCUACGGAAGGAACGUAUCGUGGUGCUGUUCCUGGGCCACUGGAAGAAGUCCGCCUACACGGUGACCCUGAAGACCAGAGAGGCCGAGAGGAGAGCCAGUGUGGAGGAGGUUGGCGGUAAACCUGGGGGGACAGAUGGCAGGGGACCACAGAAGGGAUCUCAGAUGCCUCUGGGACAUUUCUUCAAACAGAGGAGUGUCAUCAACAAGAUGAUUGGUGAUUGGAGGAGCAUGAUCUCCAGCGUUCCGUCUCGCCAGAUCCGCCGUCUCCACCGGCAGCAGGCACCAUACUCCCCUGAACAGUUCCUCCCCAAGGUGGACGGGGCGAUGGUGGACUAUGACAGUCUGACCCUUGACCUCUUUAUGCUGGGGUACUUCCACAUCCUGGAACUCGAACUCUCUGCGGACGAGAGGAAGAUGAGACACCUGCUGUGCUUUGAGGUGUUUGACCACGUUGGUCGUUUCACCUGGGAGAGCAUCCGGGAGUUCCACAAGGCCGUCAUGAUGGACAUCGAGGCCGGGAACCGUGAGUGGAAGGACGGCUUCGAGGACAUUAAGGUCAAGUUCUUUGGGAAGGUGUCAACGACUCGGUCUGUACUGCCAGAGGUAGAGAAACAACAGUUUCCACCAGAGGUCAGGCCUGUGCCCAUAGUCAUCCUCCAAACCCCGACACCAGAUGAAGGGGCUCUGAUUAAACAAGGAACAGACAUUUCCAGUUUCAGCAAUGAUGAGAUUUGCAAAUACAUAGACAGGAGUUUCACUUUCUGGAAAGACAAGGAGGCAGAGAUUUUUGAUUUUGAGUAGUAGUUGUUUUCACUUUACAUUAUUUUUUUAAAUAUGUUUUUUAAAUAAUUGGUAGUCUUCCGAAGUCAAGUUCUAGUUAUGUAGUCUGCUAAUAUCAAGUUCUAGUUAUGUAGUCUGUGCAUUUUAUUUUGAGUGUGAAUACCUUUGUGUUCUUUGUGAAUAGUUGUAACAGCUCUUAUUAUUUAAAGAGAAAAGUAAGCCUACAGUAAACUUUCCAACCUUAGAAACAGGUCGUCAGAUGUAUAGUACUAUAACAAUA